UGAUCGACACCACACAUCCAGUGCAAUCCCCGUUCCAAAGAGACAGAGCUCUAGCUUCGGCAGAUUGGAUAUUGGCUUUUCCAGCGGGCUUCCUUCUCCGGAUAAAGGACUCCGAAAACGAGCCAGCACGGGGAACGAAAGACUACAGUACAAAACUCCUCCUCCCAGUUACAACUCGGCUUUAACGCAGCCUGUGGCCGUCGCGGCGCACGUAGGAGAGUUGGAGAAAAAGCCUGGAUCGAUAUCUUCUUCCUUGGAUACCUCUGUGGACUCCUCGAAAGGAAAUACCAAGAAAGGCGAGGACACGUGCAGCAGCUUAAACGGGGAAAACGGGAGCCCAAACAAUCCCCAAGACCGGCAGGAGCCUUUCCUAGGACAUACUGGUGCAAUAAACGGGGCGUUCCUGCCCGGUGAGUGCUCCGGCGCCGCCAGCGCCGAGCAACCCCGUGAGUUUCGUCCUUCGCUCGGCCCCGUCCUCUGCUGCACCGUGGAGCAAGCGGAGGAGAUCAUGGGGAUGGAAGCGACGGGGUUCAGCCCGGGAGAUCAGCUCGAAGACUUUAACUCCAUCCCGGUGGAGCACGCCGUGGCGGUGGAGUGCGAUGAACAAGUCCUCGGGGAGUUUGAGGAGUUCUCUCGGAGGAUCUAUGCACUGAACGAAAACAUGUCCAGCUUCCGCAGACCACGGAAAAGUUCGGACAAGUGAGCUGGGGCAGGGAUUUGAUGGCAGACGUUGGGGUGAAAUCAGUGUCUGGAAUAGAGAUAAAAUUGCACUUAUUCUUUAUAUUAAUUAUAAAAAUAAAUAAAUAAAAAAGCUAAAGCUAUUCCUCUGGUGUUAGACAAAUGGACUUGAGCAUGAUGACACAGGGUCAUGGUAUAUGCACAGCCCAGGUAAAUUUUGAUUCUGCUUCCAGCCCUCUUAUGUCUGGUAUUUAUAAUCUGUUGGAAUUUUUUUUUUUUUAGGCAUUGGAAUCCACUUAUAAAGUCUCUCCUGGAAA